UUUCCGCGAAAGGCCCGUUCUUCUGAGUUCCUUAUGUUCCGCGGCAGUGUAUCAGCUGUUCGAUGACAGUUUGCCAACCGUAGGAGGUAGUAGAAAUCGCAGCAGCGCUGCGAAAAUAGUGAGAGCGAGGUUUGUUAUUGUGGGAUGUGACAGCAAUAUGGCUAUCUGGUGAUUAACAAUCGAACGGACGGACAAAGGAGCAGCGCAGUUCUUAUGAUAAUCGACGAUCCUGCUCUUCUCCUCGACGCAUCAUUGUUCCGUUGUUUCGUGCGUGGCUAGACGAACGGGACGGGACAGGAUGCUGGAGCUCGAGGUGGUGCCUGAAAGGUCCCUCGGAUGCGAGCAAUGGGAAUUUAUUUUGGGUAUGCACUUUUCUCAGUCAGUAUCGAUAAUACAGUCUCAAGUCGGUGUUAUAAGAGGAGUGCAAGUACUUUAUAGCGAUACUAAUCCGUUAGACGUAGAUCUAGUAAUAAAUUUACCUCACGACGGCAUUCGGCUUAUAUUCGAUCCUGUUGUACAAAGGCUUAAAAUAAUUGAGAUUUAUAACAUGAAGUUAGUAAAAUUGAAAUAUUGCGGUUUGCCAUUCAAUUCGCCGGAAGUGUUACCUUCAAUCGAGCAGAUAGAGCAUUCAUUUGGUGCGACUCACCCAGGUGUUUAUGACAGUGAAAAGCAGGUGUUUGUAUUGAAUUUUCGAGGACUAUCAUUUUACUUUCCGAUCGAUUCAAAAUUCCAUCCUGGUUACGCCCACGGAUUAGGUUCAUUACAGUUUCCUAAUGGAACUUCUCCUUUGGUUGCAAAAACGGCAAUUUAUGUUGGAAAUAUUCUAGCCGGUGGUAGCGGCGAAGAACAUGGUUCCAAGACAUCGCCGCCACCUUUACCACUUGUUUGUUACCAUAAUAACUUGUAUUUGGAGAAAGCUGAUAUUAUUCGAGACAAAGCACGUACUCGAGGACUCAAAUUACAUCUUUUCACGGAAGGUAGUUCUGGAACAAGAGCAUUGCUGGAGCCAAAGAAACGAUGUCUGACCAAAGAGGUAUUGUUCGGUGAUACAUGUGAGGAUGUUUUGAGUGCGCUUGGUGCUCCAUCUAGAGUAUUCUAUAAAGCUGAGGAUAAGAUGCGUAUCCACAGUCCACACGCGCACAAACGAGAUAAAACAAGGCGGUCAGACUUUUUCUAUAAUUAUUUUACUUUAGGUUUGGAUAUCUUAUUCAACGCUAAAACUCAAUGUAUAAAAAAGUUUGUACUUCACACGAAUUAUCCAGGACAUUAUAAUUUUAAUAUGUAUCACCGCUGCGAGUUUUCUCUGACUCUGCCUCCUGAAAAUAAUUCCACGGAAUCGGGAAAAUUGAUUGACGUUUCCCCAUCUCCUGUUACAAUCACUGCCUAUACAAAAUGGGAUAGAGUGAGCGAGCAAUUGAAAGCAAGUGCGCGACCAGUAGUUCUAAAUCGAGCGUCUUCAACAAACACAACUAACCCAUUCGGCUGUACGUUUUGUUAUGGCAUACGGGACGCGAUUGUUGAAGUUAUGGCGAAUCAACAUAUCGCAAGUGUAACUUUAUAUAGAACUGCGUGACGUUGAUAAUUCAUACUAUGUAAAGCAUUACGUAGCGUGAUUCGUGACGAACAGUCGAGGACAAGAAAUUACUUUAGCUAACUUAGGAGAUCUUAAGUUUGCUGAUUAAAAACGAUGGGAUGUGAAGAUCGAGGUAGAACACUCUAUCAGGAAGCUUUUUUAAUAUGUAAUCAAUUAUUUUAGAAUACAAGGAUGAUAAAUAAGUGUUACGUAAAGUGUGAAUAUUAAGACGAUUAAACGAUGACCACAUAAGAUAUGUAUAAAAAUUCAGGAGCAAAAAAUACAUGGAAAGUAAAAAAAAUAUAUCAUUGU